AAUAAAGAGCCACUGCAGUGCACAUUGAAAUUUUGAAAAGCAAAAUCCAAGAAAGUUGUGAAAAGAGCAGAUUUGUAAGAGUUGUUCCCUGCUUGUUCCUUUUAAAAAGUGAUUCAGUGAUCUAUGGAGUUCCCAAAGCUGCCCCCUCACUCCGGGUCUGUUUUAUCAGUAGUAGACAUGCACACAGGUGGAGAGCCGCUGCGCAUUAUCCUGAGCGGGUUUCCAGAAGUGAAGGGGGACACCAUCCUUGCCAAACGACGCUAUGUGAGAGAGCAUCUCGAUCAUCUUCGCAAGGUCUUAAUGUUUGAGCCCCGUGGUCACUACGAUAUGUACGGAGCCCUUCUGGUCAGAAGUGAGUUAGCAGAAGCUGAUCUCGGCAUCUUGUUCAUGCACAAUGAAGGGUAUAGCACCAUGUGUGGCCACGCUGUCAUUGCGCUCGGGCGCUUUGCAGUGGAUUAUGGUUUGAUUAAAGAGCCCACUUCACCCGAGACGCAGAUAAACAUACACUGCCCCUGUGGCUUAGUGAAGGCCUUUACACAAUAUUCCAACGGGAAAACCGGAGCUGUGAGAUUUCUCAGUGUGCCAGCCUUUGCUUUCGCUACAGAUGUGAGUGUCUCUGUACCAGGAUAUGAGUCCAUCACUGUGGACAUCAGUUAUGGUGGAGCUCUUUAUGCUUUUGUAAGUGCUGAGAAGUUUGGAUUGGAUGUCAACAAGUCCAAAAUCAGAGAUUUGGUGGAUGCAGCGACUGCUGUGAGUGAUGCUGUCAAAUCCCAGGUAAAGCUGCACCAUCCAGUCAGUGAGGAUCUCGCCUUCCUCUACGGCACAAUCAUUACCGACGGCAAAGAUGCUUAUUCUGAAGAGCCCACGACCAAUGUGUGUGUGUUUGCUGAUGCGCAGGUGGAUAGAAGCCCAACGGGGUCUGGCGUCACCGCUCGUAUCGCUCUUCAGUACCAUAAAGGCCUGAUCGCACUGAACCAGGCCAGAAGCUUCAAGAGCGGAGCUACAGGAUCAGUAUUUACAGGAACAGCAGUAGAGGAGACCAUGUGUGGGGACUUCAGGGCUGUGGUAGUGGAGGUGAGAGGUCAUGCUCACUACAGCGGUGUGGCCAGCUUCACCCAGGAGAGUGACGACCCCCUCAGUGGAGGCUUCCUUCUGUGCUGAUUUAAUCUUCUAUCAAUUUCUGCCUGAUUUCAGGGCCGCCAGGGGCCAGUGAAAGUGCCUGGGUCACUACAUAGGAAGCGUUCACAGUAAGAGGUUGAAGGUCAGCUCCUGCGCACUGCAGGACAUCCAGGGUAACUUCAGCCUGUUUCUCCAGCUGGCCUUUGAAAGAAGCUCAGCUGCUCCAGGAUGUGCAUCUUAAAGAUAAACACACAAACAAACACAUGCAGUCCCGCACACACGAACACACACUCACCAGUUCUUUGGCCUCGCUGAGGGAGUCCUCGACAUCAGAGAAGCUGAAACUGGCCACUGUGAUGAACUGGCUGACUACAGACACAAACUUAUCCCCAAACUGCUGAGGACUCUUCUUCUGGUAUUCUAACUCCUGCAUGAGAGAAAGCCUGUGUAGAUGAUUUGCUUUUAAGCUUGUGAACAAUGAGGAUUAAUGCAGCACUUACACUCUCUACGCUCUUCAAGCCACUGCGAAGAUUAUUGAUCUCCUUCUCCAGUUCAGUCAUGCUAGAAAAAAUAAAUCACACAAACUUUUUAUUUAAUGUGUA